GCACAGCCUUCCUAUCUGGGCUGAAGUUAUGGCCGCUGGGAAGAAGCCGCAGGAGGAGGACCACCGAAUUCGGGUUUCGAAGGAACAGUUUUACAUCGCGCGUUCUUUUCCGAGGUCUUCCUUCCCCGCCCCGAGGGCGAUGUGCCUCUGAGCACGUGCAGAGUACCACCGCCCCUGCCCGGAGAGGAAGUUUUGUCUUGCUUUUAAAAGCGAGGCCAUGGCCAAAGUGCCUCUCUGAGCAUAUUUUUAGGUACAGUAUUUAACUCAAGGGUGGCGUACGUGGUUUUCCCGCGCCCUCAUUUUUAACCUCAACACACCAACCCUGUGAGGUAGGCCGAGAGGCAAGGACUGGCCCAAAGCCACCCAGGGUGAGCUUCCUAGCUGAGCUGAGAUCUGAACUGUGGCCUUCCAGGCUGUAGUCCGACACUUCAAUCCGUUUUAAAUAUUGUGCUUUAAUACGAAUACAAUAUUGUGUUGCAAUCUACCCAGGGACCUUAGGUUGAGGGGUGUGCAAUAAAUAAUAAUAAAAAGGAGAAAAGAGAAGACUGCCUUCUGUAAAUUAGAACACAUAGCCACUCCGCUGCCAUAACAGAAGUGUAAAUGCAUUUGCUACCUAACAGGGCUUUUGAAAGGUCAGUAAGUUUUUAUGAGUGUUUUAAAAAGAUUUCUUUUUUUUCUUUUUUUUUGCACACAAUAGACGAAGAGAACCAGCAUGAAUCCACUAACCAAAGUGAAGCUGAUCAAUGAGCUGAAUGAGCGUGAGGCACAGCUUGGUGUACAAGAUAAGGUCUCCUGGCAUGCAGAGUACAGUGACAGUGCUUGGGUAUUUGUGGGUGGUCUUCCCUAUGAGCUGACGGAAGGCGACAUUCUUUGUGUGUUUUCACAGUAUGGGGAAAUUGUGAACAUAAAUCUGGUGCGUGAUAAGAAGACAGGGAAAUCCAAAGGUUUCUGUUUCAUUUGCUAUGAAGAUCAGAGAAGCACCAUUCUUGCGGUUGAUAAUUUUAAUGGAAUAAAGAUUAAAGGAAGGACAAUUCGUGUGGACCAUGUGGCCAACUACCGCCCACCGAAAGACUCUGAGGAUAUUGAUGAUGUGACAAAAGCUCUCCGAGAAAGUGGAUGUGGUGCUAAAACACCUCCAAGUUCACCAGAGUCCCCCAAAGACAGUGAGGUGGUGGUAAAGAAACACAAAAAAGAGAAAUGCAAGAAGAAGAAAGAGAAAAGAGAGCACCAAAAACGGGUGAAAGAGGAACAGCUUGCAGACUCGCCUCCUAAAACCAAGAUCAAAGUGGAGAAGGAAGACCCAAAGUAUGAACGGCAUGCCAAUGUGAAUCAGCAGACCUGGAGUAGCACAUCUGGGCACAAACAUGCAAGCUGGGCACAACAUGAGCGGGAGUCUAAGUAGGAGCAUGUGAGAGUUAGGUCUCCAGACAGCCACAGACAGGGACAGGAAAGAACAGAGAAUAAUCCACAGUGAGAAGCACAAGAAGGUAGAUACUCCCAAAGAAAGGCCCCGAGCAACAGAAAGCAGAUGAACCUGGGAGUGAUGUGAGAGAAGAGAAGCCCUGCAAGGAGUCGUCUUCAAGCCACCACAGACCUGACAUGCAGGGAGCCAUGAAUCCUUGGUGGAGUUAAUGUUGUGUGCUGUUGGCCUCCGUUUUUUAAGUAACUUUGGAUUGGUUUUAGAAGCAGAAUAAUAAAAUUUGCAUAUAGACCAAGUCUUUACAUGUUGU